GAAAAUCCAGUUUUAUUGCCCUUUUUUAAUGAGCAGGUUUGGGUAAAUUUGGGAUCAUUUCAUGUCCCCUUCCUCCUAUUCCUGGGGCUCCAUCUGUGUGGAUCAGCUCUACUUUUGUCUGGCUGUCUCAGGUAGGGUUGCCACCUUUUCUGGAAAAAAAUAUCGGCCUUCCUAUAUAUUUAUCUUUUUUUCCCUAUUAAUAACAUUGGCAUCAACCAUAAUUUUUACCGGCCAGGUGGCAACCCUAGUCUCAGGGUUACAAUUGUUUGCAAAUGAAGGGCAUGGGGGGUGAUCACUUUUGCACUCAGGGUUACUAUUGUUUGCAAAGAAUGACCAUUGUAUUCAGUAAUGAGAUUGUAUCAGGGGAUGCUGGGAAUUGUAGUCUGUUUGCUUAUAUUUAGAUACAGGUAUGGGAGGGUCCCUGCCGAUCUGGGGGCCCCGGAGUGAACAAACACUUCCAGUUAAAGAUUUCCCAACCUCCCAGCAGCCAUUGCAGGGUCAGGGCACCAACUCUCACUCACUGCCAGAACUCACUGCCUGCGGAACCUCGUCAACAUGAAGCAUCUGGGGGCCACACUGGUCUCUCUCCUGCUGCUCCUCUCUACCCCCACUGCCCUGGGGCAAAGGCAGAAAAAACCUUCUCCACCCAAUCCCAUAGACAAGAUCGAGGCUACAGGCAACUUUAUGGCAAAUCGGUUUGCAGGGAAGUGGUAUCUGCUGUCAGUGGCCUCUGAAUGCAACUACCUGAAGCUACACAAUCACCGUGCGGAGGCCACCAUCACCCAAGUCACAGCCUCCAAGAAGCCCAAAGCGGGGGACACGCUGACUGUUAGCACUUUCCGAAAGAUGGACGGGAUCUGCUGGGAGAUUAAACAUGAGUACACAGAGAACAAGCAGAAGGGGAAAUUCCUUUUGCGGGCGCGGGGGUACGGUGGGCCCGUAGACAUGGUGGUGGGAGAGACGGAUUAUAACAGUUACGCCAUCCUGUACUACCAGAGACAGAGGAAACUGAGCAUGAAACUAUAUGGGCGCAGGACGGAUCUGAGCAAUGACAUCUUCAGCCGAUUCGAUGAGCUGGUCGCUAAGCAGGGGAUGGGUCUGGGAUCCCUGUACGCCUUCCCCUCGUAUGGUUUCUGUGAGUCGGCGGAUGAGUUCCAUAUCCUUGAUGAGGUGCCCGAAUGACCCACUGCUCAGUCUGGAGGGGGACGUCAUGCACCCACCUGCCUAGGGCACUGCCCGGCACACUCACCUGCACCGACAGUCAUCCUGCAAUGUAUGUCCUGUAUCCAUUAAUAAAGUAUACUCUGUAUAGGA